AUGACCCCCGAAGGUGACUUGACAGGCCGGCUGCAGACUUGCCACAACCUUGAUGGAUUCACACCGUUGUGUCUGAUUCCUGUGCACCGCCAUUUGCAUUUUCAGUCCGGAGUUGGUUGUACAUACAUUGUCACACAGCGUGCAGGCUGUGAAACUCUGCGUCUGAAGAAUGUCAAUUUUUUUUUCUUUAUUACUCUUUCCUUGUUUCUAUUUCUUAGUUUCCUUGUUUCUAUUUCUUAUUUUCCUUGUUUCUAUUUCUUAGUACUCUGUUCCUUGUUUCUAUUUCUUAGUACUCCUUUCCUUGUUUCUAUUUCUUUUCCUUGUUUCUGUUCCUUGUUCCUUGUUUCUUUCUUAGUACUCCUUUCCUUGUUUCUUUUCUUAUACUCUUUUCCUUGUUUCUAUUUCUUAGUACUCUAUUUCUUAGUUUCCUUGUUUUCUUAUUUUUUUCCUUGUUUCUCUUUCUUAGUACUCUGUUCCUUGUUUCUAUUUCUUAGUACUCCUUUCCUUUACUCCUUUCCUUGUUUCUAUUUCUUAGUACUCUGUUCCUUGUUUCUAUUUCUUAGUACUCUGUUCCUUGUUUCUAUUUCUUAUUUCUUUCCUUGUUUCUAUUUCUUAUACUCUUUUCCUUGUUUCUAUUUCUUAGUACUUUUUCCUUGUUUCUAUUUCUUAGUACUCUUUUCCUUGUUUCUAUUUCUUAGUACUUUUUCCUUGUUUCUUUUCUUAGUACUCUUUUCCUUGUUUCUAUUUCUUAGUACUUGUUCCUUGUUUCUAUUUCUUAGUACUCUUUUCCUUUACUCUUUUCCUUGUUUCUAUUUCUUAGUACUCUUUCCUUGUUUCUCUUUCUUAGUACUCUGUUCCUUGUUUCUAUUUCUUAGUACUCUGUUCCUUUACUCUUUUCCUUGUUUCUAUUUCUUAGUACUCUGUUCCUUUUUCUAUUUCUUAGUACUCUUUUCCUUGUUUCUAUUUCUUAGUACUCUGUUCCCUUUUUCCUUGUUUCUAUUUCUUAUACUCUGUUCCUUGUUUCUUUUCUUAGUACUCUGUUCCUUGUUUCUAUUUCUUAGUACUUUUUUCCUUUUUCUAUUUCUUAGUUCUUUUCCUUGUUUCUAUUUCUUAGUACUCUGUUUGGUUUCUUUCUUAGUUUUUUUCUUGUUUCUAUUUCUUAGUACUCUUUCCUUGUUUCUUUUUAGUACUUUUUCCUUGUUUCUAUUUCUUAUACUCUUUUCCUUGUUUCUCUUUCUUAGUACUCUUUCCUUGUUUCUAUUUCUUGUUCCUUGUUUCUAUUUCUUAGUACUCUUUUCCUUGUUUCUAUUUCUUAUUUUGUUUUCCUUUUUUACAUCAUCGUCUUUCGCCUUUAUUAUUUUGUUUCAUUGCUUUUCCUUCAAUCUUCUUUCGUUUCAUUCUUUCUUUUUCCUUCUUUUUCUUUUUCCUUCUUUUUCUUUUUCAUUCUUUUUCCUUUUUCCUUCUUUUUCUUUUUCCUUCUUUUUCUUUUUCUUUUUCCUUCUUUUUCCUUUUUCCUUCUUUUUAUUUUUCCUUCUUUUUAUUUUUCAUUCUUUUUAUUUUUCCCUCUUCUUUCUUUUUCAUUCUUUUUCCUUUUCCUUCUUUUUCCUUUUCCUUCUUUUUCCUUUUCCUUCUUUUUCGUUUUCCUUCUUUUUCCUUUUCCUUCUUUUUCUUUUUCCUUUCACGCAUUCGCUUUUCUUUUACUCAUUUUCUAGUUUUUUUUUCCUUUAUGUUUUGACUUUCUUUUUUGACACAACCUUUUCUUCCUUUUUUAUGGUCAUCUCCCUUUAUUUGGUUACUUCUUUUUUCUUUCUUUCUUCUUUCCGUUUCUUCCGUUGUUAUUUUUCUUUCUUUCUUCUUUCACUUCCUUCUCUUUUUUUUCUUUCUUUUUUAUGCCUUCUCCUUUUUCAUUGGGUAAUAACAAGUGGCGAAACUUCUUCCCCAUAUAGACAACACAUCACCCUUGAAGAUGGCGGCAAAGAUAUCAACCAAUCAACGACAGUCUUAAUUUUCGUUACUUCAGUUUUUCUUUUCCAAGCUUUUUUUCUAUUAACAAACUGCUGGAGAGCGAGCUGGAUAGUUUGCUUCGUUACGAUCCAGCUAUCAGCAUUCACACAGCAAAAGGUGCGUCGUUUGUUUAUCUUUCGGUCAUUUUUAAAUGACCUGACAUUUAAUCUAUCUAUCUAUCUAUCUAUCUAUCUAUCUAUCUAUCUAUCUAUCUAUCUAUCUAUCUCAGCCAUUUCAUCUAUCUAUCUAUCUAUCUAUCUAUCUAUCUAUCUAUCUAUCGCACCCAUUUCAUCUAUCUACUCGAAUUUUUUCUUAUCUAGCUAUCUAUCCGAAUUUGUCUCUAUCUAUCUAUCUAUCUAUCUAUCUAUCUAUCUAUCUAUCUAUCUAUCUAUCUAUCUAUCUAUCUAUCUAUCGCAACCAUUUCACUAUCUAUCUAUCUAUCUAUCUAUCUAUCUAUCUGAAUUUCUUCUAUCUAUCUAUCUAUCUAUCUAUCUAUCUAUCUAUAUAUAUAUAUAUAUAUAUAUAUAUAUAUAUAUAUAUAUAUAUAUAUAUAUAUAUGAAUUUGAUAUCUAUCUAUCUAUCUAUCUAUCUAUCUAUCUAUCUAUCUAUCUAUCAUCCGAAUUUCUUCCUACCUAUCUAUCCGAAUUUAUUCCUUUCUAUCUAUCUAUCUAUCUAUCUAUCUAUCUAUCUAUCUAUCUAUUUGAGUCUGUUAAUAUUGCAACCAGUUAG